GAAGCCAGCGCAGAGGAGACCCAAGCGGGUAGAAGCCGCUCGGCUGCGGUGUGGCGGUCCCGAAAUGACGACCUUAGUGCUGGAUAACGGAGCUUACAACGCCAAAAUCGGUUACAGUCAUGACAAUGUCUCGGUUAUUCCCAAUUGUCAGUUCAGAUCAAAGACAGCGCGUCUUAAAACGUUUACUGCUAACCAGAUUGAUGAAAUAAAAGACCCUUCAGGACUCUUUUACAUUCUUCCUUUUCAAAAGGGCUACUUGGUGAAUUGGGAUGUCCAACGACAAGUUUGGGAUUAUCUUUUUGGAAAAGAGAUGUAUCAGGUUGAUUUUUUAGAUACUAAUAUUAUUAUAACAGAACCAUAUUUUAACUUCACUUCAAUUCAAGAAUCAAUGAAUGAAAUUCUAUUUGAAGAAUAUCAGUUCCAAGCAGUAUUAAGAGUAAAUGCUGGUGCUCUCAGUGCACACAGAUAUUUCCGAGAUAAUCCUUCUGAGUUAUGCUGCAUCAUUGUAGAUAGUGGUUAUUCCUUCACACACAUAGUUCCUUACUGUAGAAGUAAAAAGAAAAAGGAAGCAAUUAUUCGGAUAAACGUGGGUGGAAAGCUCUUAACGAACCAUCUAAAAGAGAUCAUAUCCUACAGGCAGCUGCAUGUUAUGGAUGAAACUCAUGUGAUUAAUCAAGUGAAAGAAGAUGUAUGCUAUGUGUCUCAGGAUUUUUACAGAGACAUGGAUAUCGCAAAGCUAAAAGGAGAAGAUAAUACAGUGAUGAUUGACUAUGUUUUACCUGACUUCAGUACAAUUAAAAAGGGCUUUUGUAAGCCGAGAGAAGAGAUGGUGCUGAGUGGGAAGUAUAAAUCUGGGGAGCAGACCCUUCGUCUUGCCAACGAGAGGUUUGCUGUUCCAGAGAUCCUCUUUAACCCUUGUGACAUCGGCAUUCAGGAGAUGGGGAUCCCAGAGGCGAUUGUUUGUUCAAUUCAGAACCUACCCGAAGAAAUGCAGCCACAUUUUUUUAAGAACAUUGUUUUGACGGGAGGAAAUUCACUUUUCCCGGGAUUCAGAGAUCGGGUUUACUCAGAAGUCCGCUGUCUGACGCCAACAGACUAUGAUGUGUCUGUCGUGUUGCCUGAAAACCCUAUUACUUACUCCUGGGAAGGUGGAAAAUUGAUAUCUGAAAAUGAUGACUUUGAAGAUAUGGUGGUUACAAGAGAAGAUUAUGAAGAAAAUGGACACAGUGUCUGCGAAGAGAAAUUUGAUAUUUAAGAAACAUUUCUGAAUGAAUGCCUUAGAAAGGUUAAUUUCAAAGUUCCUUUUAAAGGUGGUUAUGUACUGUGAUACUUUUCAUCAUAGAUAAAGUCUUCAACUUAUAUAAAUAUUCUGAGUCAUGGCUGAUGUUCAGAGGUGUCUUAGGUAGGUUGUUAGUGUAUUAUUAUAGUAAAGCGUAAUUCAGCCCAAUUUCAGUAGACUACUCUAACAAUGCUUACACUGUGUCUGAGAAUACAUUGUUUGUCAUGAGAGAGUGAAGAGUAAAUGUUUAAUUCUUCAUCCUUGAAAACAGAUUUAAAUAUCUCACCAGCCAGUUUUGCCUAGAAGAUCCUUUGUAAAGUAGUUUUGACUGUGAUUGGCUGAAGUAUUUGCAGCCCAAUAAGAUUCUGCUCUUAGAACUAAGUUGUUGUUGUUUUAAUAUUGACUGUGUGUGGUAUGCAUAUGAUUAGAUGGUAUUUUCAGAAGCCUCUUUCCACUGUCUGGUCCUGGGGAUUAAACUCUGGUCAUUGGAUUUGAAGGGAAGCAUCUUUACACACUGUUAUCUUUCUGGACCACCUGAGAAAUCUGGUUCUGUGCCUUCUGCUUCCUCUGUGUUCACCAUCAGGGUUCUUUGUUUUGUUCAAGACAGGUGACUAGAAAGGCCUACAGAAACCAGGUUGCUGUAGUUCUCUAACAUGACCUCUCUGUACAAAUCCCUCUGAAAAGUGUCCAGGCAUUCCCAUUCCUCCUUGGAGAAAUUGAUGGCCACAUCCUCGAAAGUCAGCCGACUCUGAUACCGUGCCAUCUGUGCUGCCCCCUCUUUGUGAAUCCUGUCAGGUGGUUUAUCGUAAAGUUUCACCUUCCUGAUGAUAUUCUGGGUGUAAAGGCAGUAGCACUUGCCUCCUGCUACCACACUCAGAGCCUGGAAAGUUCAUAAAAAAAUGACUUGUGCCACAGCUAAGAUGCAGAAACCAUAAACUUUUACUUCCAGAUCAAACCUAGUUCUCCUCUCCUGCAUUGGGAGGGUCUGUUAUUCCAGCAGAUGGAUAUCACCACAAUCUGGGUUUGUGGCUGCAAUGACCUCUAAGUAUUUAAAGUUUGUUCUUACUUGUACAUAAUAAAGUUGGAAAGACCUAUAGUAAAUAUGUAUGUAUAAUGUUUAUUUUUUACUUAGUAUAAGUUUAAAAGAGUAAGAUGUUUAUAGUGUUUGUGGUCACCACUGUUCUGCCAAGACGUAGUGCUUUGUUUUAAAAGUUCUUUUAUGUGACCCACAGUAAACAUAUUAGGAUAUGAAGUUUAGUGGCAAAACACUUGCCUGCCACUCUCAAGGCCCUGGGUUUGAGCUCGGCACUGCCAAAGCAAUUGCUUUCCAGUUUAAGCAAUGAAAUGACAAUUUCCUGGAGUUAAAACAUGUCGUCCUUGAGGAAAGCUCUUUAAAACUCAAGAACUAAAGAGGCUCAUUAAGACUCAAACACUAAACAACUCAAAAGUCUCAAAAAGUCCCUUAAACUUAGCAAAUUCACAAGGCCUUUUCCAUCCCAGCAUGUGUAAACAGUAAUGCCUGCUGAGAAGAUAAUUUCUGACCUGUGAGUUAUGUAGAGCACUCCAAGAUAACAGCUUUUUCUGCGUUAUCAGUCAUUCUGGGGUGGGCUUUUCAGUGACAUAGCUACCUUUGAAACAUCUAUACUCCUCUAUGUAUCCCUCACCCACAUUCCUGUAAUUAACCCCAAUAAAUACUUUGGUUCACCAAA